CAGGACGAGAGAGAGAGAGAGAGAGAGAGAGAGAGAGAGAGAGAGAGAGAGAGACGCUCCAAUGAGAAAAGUUUACUUGUUCUUCCUCCGCACAAUCCCCACAGCUGAGGGCAUUGAUGUGAGCGCAGAGGCUUUCUGUUUUUUACGCGCACUUCUUUCCCCCCAUCUUUCACCCUCACACACGGAGCACAAAAUCCACCUUCUCACCUUUAGUUUAGCGCGUGUCUGAGUUUCUUUUCUUUCCUUUUCCUCCCUUUUAUGAAUGAUUCUCUCUCGCAACACUACUACUACUGCAACUCCUACUACUACUACUAGAAUUUCCUCGGACACCUCGCCGUCCUCCUCGACCGCACGACCUCACCUCGGCACAUCUUCUCUCCUCAAGUUCAAACGCCACCAGGACUUUCACUGCAGCUUCAGACGCACUUGGGGGAAAUAUCACUCGACGAGGAAAAACUUGAUACUUUGUGCAGCAGCGACAGCAGCAGCAGCAGCUGAAGCGACCGUCAACAUGAGUCUCAAAGCCGACGCGGAGCCGAAUAACAACGUCUCCAUCGAAGAGGAGGUACGAACGCUGUUUGUCAGUGGCCUACCAGUAGAUAUCAAACCACGGGAACUUUACCUUCUCUUCAGACCUUUCAAGGGUUAUGAAGGGUCACUGAUUAAGUUAACUUCAAAACAGCCUGUUGGGUUUGUAACCUUUGACAGUCGGUCUGGAGCUGAAGCUGCAAAAAAUGCACUAAAUGGUAUCCGUUUUGACCCCGAAAGUCCCCAGACCCUGCGCUUAGAGUUUGCUAAAGCCAACACGAAGAUGGCAAAGAGUAAGCUGAUGGCCACACCGAACCCCACAAAUAUCCACCCUGCUCUAGGAGCUCACUUCAUUGCACGGGACCCAUAUGAUCUGACAGGGGCAGCACUGAUCCCAGCAUCGCCGGAUGCCUGGACUCCUUACCCCCUGUACACCACGGAGCUGACCCCAGGCCUCCCUCACGCAGCCUUCACUUACCCAGCGGCCGCUGCCGCAGCUGCAGCCCUCCACGCCCAGGUGAGGGACCAACCGAUGCGCUGGUACCCUACUCCCUCUGAGACUUCCCAGCCUGGAUGGAAAUCCCGGCAGUUUUGUUAGAUAUUUAGCCUCUGGAAACCACACCUUUGUCCAGCUGAAGUGAGGUUUGCCAAGCUCUUCAUUAAUUUAAUCAGGUUUAUUUAAUGGACAAAUGUGCAUUAUUAUAAACAAACAGUAUUUAUAUCUCCUCCCGAUUGUCUCUGGGGGGAGUCUGAGUUGAAACCAUCUUGCUGUCGACAAUCUGAACUCAUCCUUGGCAACUAUCGCGGUACCAUCUUAGCACUUCAAAAAAAAAAGAAAAAAAAAAGAAAGAAAACCCUCAUGCAGAGACCCUAGUCAAACUCAAUGGGUUGUAAUUGCUGAGGAAAAUUGAUGCAUCGAAGUUACCGUUGUUAAGCUAGUCCUUCCACGGGUUACCGCUGCUCAUGGGAGGUUUAGAAGAGUCAUUGCAUGUUAAAGUCUUUUUGGCAUGAAUUUAGAACGCAGAGUUCUGUGUAUCCUAAUUUUCUUAGUGUUUGUGUUGCCUCUUUACCUUGGCCUAGACAGCGAAAUGUUUUGUUUUUCCUGUAGAACCUUGGUCUUACCUCUGUGAAAGCUAGGCUGUUGUGUAAAUGGCUUAUCUCGCAUGGACCUUGUGAAUGCAUCCCUACGUUCUAUGACAAUCCCAGUCCUUUAUGAUCAUAUCAAUGUCUGUCAUUAUUUGAGCAAAGGAAAGUACAAAUAUUUUUGUACUUUUUGCGUAAUGUAUAUUUAUGCAUUUUUGUGCAACUAAAUAAUGAACCUGUAUAAGUUGGAUGUUUAGUCGUCUCUUGUGUUUUUGGUGUUAAUUUUUGAUCCUAUAAUCCUGUUGAAGUAGUUUUAAAGAAAAAAGUGCAAUUUGUUUAAAGGGGAAGUGGGUAUCUGUCAAAAAAUGGAAGUAUUCUGAACGUGGCUUGUGCCAUUCUGCUAAAAUGAGAUUGCUGUAAAACGAUCUGUCAGAAUGUGAAACUGGACUACAAACGUAAAAGGGUUGCUUUUUUGGGGGGCCAUUUUGAAAUGGGAAGCAGGAUUAGAGUAACGGAGGAAUUUAGUUUGUGGUUUAGAACAUGUUUGUCUUUGUAUCUGCUGUGCAUAAGAUGUAAAAAAUAUUCCCAUCUUAUGAAUAAAAGAAGUGAAUGCA